CCGAUUCUGACAGUCGAGUCUUCAACCCCGUUCGGUGUACACGUGUUUGGAAUUUCGUUUUACGCGACAAUAACUAAACACUUCUUCACGGAACCACCCCAUACGAAAAUUAACAUAUAUAUAUAGACUCAUAAUAUAUAUACCAGUCCAAAGGAAAAAGUAGGAAGUGUAUUUUUCUUCACCCCAAAAAAAAGCACUUAUUUAAACUCUUUCUUAAAAUAAAAAAUAUCCCACACAAAAAAGAACUGCAAUUUCCUGACAAUACCAACCAAAAAAAAAAAAAUGUGACAAAAACAGUAGUAAAAAAAAAAAUGAAAAUCAAACCGCAAUGGCAUGUGAAAGAAAGUGCCGGUUGAAUACAAAUAAAAGAAGAUCGAUAACGAAAAAAAAGAAGAAUUCUCAAAAAAAAAAAAAUCGAAAUGAAAUAGUCUCUAGUGAAUCAUGAAUCUGAUUUGGAUAAGAGUAUAUAUGUAUAUACAUAUAUAUAUUAGAGUCAAUAUGUUAAGGUUGUCGCGAGGGACUUUUCUUGAGCAAGGACUGUGAUCAGAUCCCGCAGUCGCACUAAUUAAUCUCAGGCGCUAACGAGCACUCUGGGAUCGGUUUGUGGUCGGUGGUGAUGAGCCAGAACAUUUUGCUUAACGAUACUCACGAGAGAUCAUGGAUCGAUAGUCCAGUGCGGUGAUAAAAAAAAAAAAAAAAGAAAAAGACAAGAAAAAGUUUGUGAUAGUGUCAGGGUUUAGUUAAAACGAUCAUAGAAGGGGCGUUGGCGAUCAAAGGUCCAAGAGUCGAUCACAAAAAAGGCCAAAGGUCUCUUACUAUUCUAGACGAAAAAUCCCAAAAAAAAGAACGAAGAGAAAAAUAAGAGAGAAGAAAAAAGAAAAGUGAUUAAAAAAAUAGGUGAAAAAAAGGGAGAAGAAAAAAAUUUAUUAAGUGAAAUAAAAAAAAAAGAAGAAAAAAGUUUAAAAAAAAUAGGUGAGAAAAAAAGAGGAAGAAAAAAGUGAUUAAAAAAUAGAAGUAAAAUAGAAAAAGGAGAAGAAAAAAGGUGAUUAAAAAUAGAAAUAAAAUAGAAAAAAAGAAGAAGAAAAAAAUUAAAAAAUAGAAAUAAACUAGAAAAAGGAAAGCAAAGGUGAUAAAAAACGGAAAUAAAAAGAAAAAUAGAAGAGGUAAAAAAUAAGAAAUAAAAAAAAAAUAUGUAUAAAAAAGUUUGACCAACAGAGGUGUUAAAUUGAAGGCUAUCGAUGUUCAUGUUGGUGACCCUAAAAGACAGUUAUUACCCUAAAAGGUGUUUGGUCAUGUUGAUACGUGUAGCAGGAAGUUAAGUGAACGACGUCGUCUCACAUUUCGUGUGACCAACAAAAAAAAAAAAGCCUCUACCCAGAAAACCCUAAUAGAAAAUUUCAAUUUAAAAAUUUCUAACCAAAACCAACACAAAUUUGUGAAAAUAUUCAUCUAACUAAAAAUCACGUAGAAUAGAAAAAAAACAGUAUAGAAAAGUAGUUAGCAAAAAAUAGGAAAAAAAAUACACCAAAAAAAAGCAAUUUCUACUUAAGAAAAAAAAAAAUUAGUCACAAAAAAAAAAUAAUGCAAAAAAUUAGAAGAUAAAACUACAAAAUCAGAAGAGUCUUCUAAAAUUAGAAGAUAAAAUUACAAGAUCAGACUUCCAAAAUUAGAAGAUCUGAUGAUAAGAAUGAACAGAAUAGAUAAUGAAAGUUAAAAUUGAUCAGAAGAUAAAAAGAAUUAGAAGACAAGAAUAAGAUAAGAAUAAUCAAGAAGUUUACUCCAAAAGAUUAUACAAAAACGCCGCUAGCGAAAAAUUAGAAAAUAUAAAUAAUUACAAAAUAUAAAAGAUCGAUAUCGUUAAAAAAAAAUACGCACAAUAUAUGAAAAAACGAUAAAAAAAAGUGUAAGUACAAGAAGAGUAAAAAUAUAAAUACGAGAACAAAAGAUAAAGAUACAAAAGACGGAAAUACGAGAUACCAAGAGAGAUAUUUAAGUAAGUACCUAGAGCAAAACGAGAAAAACACGAAGAGAAAGAGAGAAACAGAGAAUUUCAGCGGAAAAUGAAAGAAUAAUAGGAAAAAAAUUGAAGCAAUGUUGUAAUUAAGAGAAAAAGAGGGGAAAAAAGUGAGAAACAAAAGGUAAACUUAUUAUUAAGAGACAGGACAUUAUGAGCAAAGUGGAAGAGCAAGUGAAGUGAGUUUGCGAAGAUUAGAGAUUAUUAUAGAGAGAGAGAGAGACAAGAAAAGGUGUAACUAAGAGAGAGAGAGAGAGAAAGUGGAGAGACAGCAAUUGAGGCGAUUAGCUGGCGAUGGCAUGAGGACAUUAGUGAGGAGCUUCGGGCCCUGCGAGGAGGAGGAUGAGGAUGGUGGUGGGCGUGAUGGUGCUUGGCCAGCUACUGACAAGAAUCCUGCUCGCAGCACAUACAGUCGAUCGUCUUGCGGCGGCUCGCAAAAUUCUUCGCGAUGUCCCUCUUAUCGAUGGACACAACGAUUUACCCUGGAAUAUACGAAAGUUCCUAAAGAAUCAGCUGAGAGAAUUCAAGUUUGAUGACCUCAGAAACAUACCCCCUUGGUCCCAGAGUGCUUGGAGUCAUACAGAUCUCCGGAGACUAAAGGAAGGCAUGGUUGCAGCUCAGUUUUGGUCGGCAUAUGUGCCAUGUUCCUCACAGCAUUUGGACUCGGUACAACUUGCCCUCGAGCAAAUCGACCUAAUUCGAAGACUGGUCAACAAACAUCCCCAAAAUAUGGUUCUCGUUACUACUGCCGAGGGGAUAGAAGAAGCUCACAAAGAUGGUAGAUUAGCAAGUCUCAUAGGGGUAGAAGGGGGUCAUGCAGUUGGAGCAAGUCUCGCCGUGCUGCGGAUGCUGUACGAGUUAGGAGCCAGAUAUCUCACUCUAACUCAUACGUGUAAUACACCUUGGGCAGACUGCAGCACGGCGGAUGAACCAGGUCAAGUGCCUCACACCGGCGGUCUUUCCAAUUUUGGAAAGAGCGUCGUCCAGGAGAUGAAUAGACUGGGAAUGAUGGUGGAUUUAUCACACGUAUCGGUGCCCACAAUGUUAGAUGCCAUGAGCACAUCAAAAGCUCCAGUGAUCUUUAGUCAUAGUAGCGCUCACGCCCUCUGUAAUUCCUCAAGAAAUGUACCAGACCACGCAUUACGUCUUUUGGCACAAUCAGGUGGCAUAGUAAUGGUAUCAUUCUACCCAUAUUUCAUCAGCUGUGGUGAAAAGUCUACGCUAGAAGACGUAGCUGCUCAUAUCAACCAUAUACGAAAAGUGGCUGGAAUCGAUCACGUGGGAAUUGGUGCUGGCUACGAUGGGAUCAAUUUAACACCAACUGGUUUAGAAGAUGUCAGCAAAUAUCCUGAAUUAUUUGCCGAAUUACUUGCGAAAGGCUGGUCGGAAAGAGACAUUCAAAAACUGGCUGGCUUAAAUUUAAUUCGUGUCUUCAAAGCAGUGGAACAGGUAAGAGAUCAAAUGGCAGAUGAAGGUAUGGAGCCAUUGGAGGAAGAGAUUCCCAAAGAGGACAUCAUUGGUCGAGAUUACUGUCGUUAUAAUAUUAAAAGACUGUCCAGUGAUCCAUAAGAUGAAGCUUUCAAUGAUCGAACAAGAAAUUCUAUAUGAAACGUUUAUCGAAUUUCCUAUAUAAGUCCCAGUUGUGCCCUAUAUAGCAAUGCCAUAUAAUCUCCAAUCUGAAAUCUCUAUUUCUCGAAAUCCUCUAUACUCGCAACUCUCACACUAAAAGACGUGUAUCUCGAAUCGAAAAUAGCUACAUAAAUUCCAUCAGAAUCGAAAUCAUGUCUUUUUCCCUCCCCUUCGCGUUUUUAUUAUUAUUUUAUUAUUUCUCCAGUUUCUCAUCAAUUUUCUUCUAUAACAUGAAGCAAAGAAAUUCACCUACUAAUCGUAUUUCUCGGAUUUAUUGAAACUCGAGUCGAACUCGUUGUAGUAUCAAUUUUUUUUCAAUUCUAAUGAAAAUAAAAUAUUCUAAAGAUUAUUCAAAAUAGUUUUUUUUAAUCACAUUUUUUAUUAACAAAAAAGAAAGAUUAUAGUUUAAAAGGGAAAAUUAACUUUAUAAAGUCUUACGGAAAGUUAAUCCGAGAAAGUGGAUUUCCCUUUGCCCGAUAAAGUCGCUCCUUUCUUAAAAGACGCCGAGACGAGAUUCUCAAAAAGAUGAUAAAAGCCAAACACUGCUUUAAUUCACUGAUUAAGGCAUUUGUAUAAACAUAAUUAUUAUUAAGCGUAAAAUUCACCUCUCGAUGUUCAUUUGUACUUAAAUAACCCAUCUAGAAUCACUAAAAUUACAAAUAUUUCAUAAAAAGUCUACAGGGUUUUCUAAAAUUAAAAAAAAGUUUUUAAUUUUCCAUUAAAAAUUUUAAUUUUAUUUUAAAUAAUUAAUAUUGAGAAAAAGACUGUGUAAUUUUUUUUUACCAAAGAAAACCCUGAUGCUUUUACUGCUUUUGGGACACUAAUUGGUAAAUCAGCAUUGCCACCUGAUUAUAAAUGCACAAAACGUGAAAAUGUAGAAAAAAAAUAAAAAAGAAAAGAAAAUAAAAGAAGAGAGUCGAAGAAUGUUGAAAUGAGAUAAAGAAUGCAUGGAAGUCCGAAUGCUUGAAAUUCCGAGUACGCGAAGAUUUUUAUGUUUAUGGGGUCGCGCAUCCUACGAAUGUUCCUUCUAUUCUGAAAAUCCGCACGAGAAAACACUAAAAACACCUUUUCUCCACAACCAAAACCCCU